GAAAAGGGUCGUUCUCUCGUGGCUACUAGGGAUUUCUAUCCAGGGGAAGUGAUUAUAAGCCAAGAGCCUUACGUUUCUGUUCCAAACAACUCCUCGGUAUCCGCGCAGAAAAGGUGUGAUGGGUGUUACGCGACAACUAAUGCCCUUAGCAGGUGCUCUCGUUGCCAAGUUGCACGCUAUUGUGGAACCGCAUGUCAGAGGUCAGAGUGGAAGCUGCAUCGUCUUGAGUGUGAGGCCCUCUCCAGGCUUGACAAAGACAAGAGAAAGUCUGUCACACCAUCCAUACGGUUGAUGGUGAGACUUUAUCUUCGGAGGAAGUUGCAAAAUGAAAAGAUCAUCCUAAGCACUGUUAUGGACAACUAUCACUUGGUGGAGGCUUUAGUGUCUCAUAUGUCUGACAUCACAGAGGAGCAGCUGGUGCUUUAUGCACAAAUGGCUAAUCUUGUAAACUCCAUACUACAAUGGCCAGAAAUCAAUAUAAAAGAGAUUGCAGAGAAUUUUUCUAAGUUUGCCUGUAAUGUGCAUACCAUUUGUGACAGUGAGUUGAGACCUGUGGGAACAGGAUUGUAUCCUGUUAUUUCUAUUAUCAAUCACAGCUGUUUGCCAAAUUCUGUGUUGGUUUUUGAGGGAAGGUCAGCUUUGGUACGUGCUAUGCAGCAUAUACCCACAGGUACUGAG